AUUGGGGUGGGAUCCUCCCGAGAAGGGAGCUCACUGCCUCUCAGGCCCUCACAGACAAUCACACCUGUCAGAGGUACACACGCUGCCACUCACAAGCACAGCCUCUCUGCCACACUGCCACACAGUCACUCCCAAUCAGCCAGAGACUGCUGCACCUGAGAGCAGGUGGCCGCUGGACCCUACCCUUCACGCCACAUCUGGGGAUCCAGUCCGACUCCAGCUGCACCAGGAAGGCCUUGCUGAGCAAGUGCCUCUGAGAAUCUGAGGAGGUGGCGUCCAGAGCUGCAGCUUUCCCAGCAGGCUCCAGUGGAGCAGCCAGAGGUGAGGGGCUUGGCUGGGCAUGUUUAAGCGCACAGUGCUCUCCUGCCCACCCCCAGCAGCACCCCCACUCCAAGAGGCCCGAGGAGCUUUCCGAAGCUUCCCACACUUCUGGGGAGAAGACUUCUUAGCCAGCUUGAUGUUUAAAAUUCAGCUGGAGCCCCUAAAACUUCGAGCGUGGACGCUGAAUGGGUUUGUAAAGUUUCGAAACAAGGAGACCAGUGCUGGUCCAGUGGCUGUGAUGGGAAAAGAUUAUUACAAGAUUCUUGGAAUCCCUUCGGGGGCCAAUGAAGAUGAGAUCAAGAAAGCCUAUCGGAAGAUGGCGUUGAAAUAUCACCCAGACAAGAACAAAGAGCCCAACGCUGAGGAGAAGUUCAAGGAGAUAGCAGAGGCCUAUGAUGUGCUGAGUGACCCUAAGAAACGAGGCCUGUAUGACCAGUAUGGGGAGGAAGGCCUGAAGACUGGUGGUGGCUCAUCAGGUGGCUCCAGCGGCUCCUUUCACUACACCUUUCAUGGGGACCCCCAUGCCACCUUUGCCUCCUUCUUUGGUGGCUCCAACCCCUUUGACAUCUUCUUUGCCAGCAGCCGCUCCACUCGACCCUUCAGUGGCUUUGACCCCGAUGACAUGGAUGUGGACGAAGAUGAGGACCCAUUUGGUGCCUUUGGCCGCUUUGGCUUCAAUGGGCUGAGUAGGGGUCCAAGACGAGCCCCAGAACCACUCUACCCUCGGCGCAAGGUGCAGGACCCACCUGUGGUGCAUGAACUGCGGGUGUCCCUGGAGGAGAUCUACCACGGCUCCACCAAGCGCAUGAAGAUCACACGGCGGCGCCUCAACCCUGAUGGGCGAACUGUGCGCACUGAGGACAAGAUCCUGCAUAUUGUCAUCAAGCGUGGCUGGAAGGAAGGCACCAAGAUCACCUUCCCCAAAGAGGGCGAUGCUACCCCUGACAAUAUCCCUGCAGACAUCGUCUUCGUGCUCAAAGACAAGCCUCACGCACACUUCCGCCGAGACGGCACCAAUGUGCUCUACAGUGCCCUGAUCAGCCUCAAAGAGGCACUAUGUGGCUGCACCGUGAACAUUCCCACCAUCGAUGGCCGAGUGAUCCCUUUGCCCUGCAAUGAUGUCAUCAAACCAGGCACCGUGAAGAGACUUCGUGGGGAGGGGCUUCCUUUCCCUAAGGUGCCCACCCAGAGGGGAGACCUCAUCGUUGAGUUCAAAGUUCGCUUCCCAGACAGAUUAACACCACAGACCAGACAGAUUCUUAAGCAGCACCUCCCCUGUUCCUAGGCUCUGCCCAGCUAGCUCAGAGUCUACCACAGCAAUACCCCCAGUGCCCCCCACUCAGUGUGCACCCAGUUCAGUGUCUACAAGACACUGGCAACUUUUUCUAAAUGCAAAAAAGGCCACUGAUUUUCAGGAAAAUGUUCCUGCCCCUGACCCCCUUAAAGCUGGGCUGCCUUGGGGGAAUGGGGAGAGCUGGCCCAGUCCAAGGGUCAAUUUUCAUGUCACUAACUUUGAAUCCAGUUCCCACUCCUGCCAUUGGCUGGAGAGUGACCUGAGUGCUACUUGAAGAUAGAGAUCCCUUGUCCACGCCUGUAAAUAGCAUGUCUUCCUUCCUCUCUCAGCUUUGCUGAUACC